AGGCUCUCUGCUCUCCUCACCUCCGGUCUCUCCGAGUCUCCGGUGCUCCUCUUCUGUUGUUUAUGGCCGCCUGUCUCCUCAUCUCAGCCCUAAAUUUUCUGCGAGAAACAGGACAAAGGAGAAGAGGAUUUUCUCAUCUGUCUCUCCUCUCUUGUCUCACCCUCACGCUCAUCGUUUUCAUCGCUGCUCUGGGCCUACAAGAUUAUCUUCUGCACUUCAUCUGCAUCCGUCCCAUCAUCUUUUAACCCCCCACCCGUCGCUGUCCUUUUCCCCUCCUGCCUCUUUCUGCACUUCGCUGUGGAACUAAAUCUUCAACCUGCCACCGCCGGAGUCCUUUCAGAUGCCCACAGUCCGCUGAUGAAGCGGGCGCUUGCCAGCAGCCCAGAUGCAUUUGCGACUCUUUGCCUUUGUGAUAUCCUUGCUAUGUGAGGUGAUCAGGAUGGGGUCCGGUGUCGCGCAGAAGCAGAGUGCUCACAGGGAGACGUCAGAAGACUGUCGGAGCUGUCUGGAGUGUUCCCGCGACAACGGCUGUGUGCGAUGCCCCGAGCGUCUCUUCCUGUUCCUGCAGAGGGAGGGGAUGUCCCACCAUGGCACCUGUGUCCAUGCCUGUCCCGCUGGACACUAUGGACAGAGAGGGAAGGACGUCAACCGCUGCAUGAAGUGUCGCUCUGUGGACUGUGAGCAGUGUUUCAGCCGUGACUUCUGCACCAAGUGUAAGCCCGGCUUCCAGCUGUACAAAGGCAAGUGUCUGACCCACUGCCCAGAGGGAACCUUCGCCCACCAGACAGACUGCCUCGAGGACUGUGUCUUGGCUCCAUUGGGAGAGUGGAGCAACUGGAGCGUCUGUCUCCGUGAUGGCGCCAACUGUGGCUUCAGGUGGGGCAAGCAGACCAGGACCCGGGGAGGUGGACAUUCUGGCAGGACUCUUGAAGAGAAAGCAGCAUCACUUUGCCCAUCCCACAGCGAGACACAGAGGUGCAGGAUGAAGAAGAAGUGUCCUACAGAAAGAAGAAAGAAUAAAAAAGAAGGACUUGGAAGGAAGAGGGAAAGAAAGCGAUUACGGCUCGUCGCCAACGCCAACGCUGGCAUCUCGCCAAACGGAACAACAGACGCCGCUGGGGAGCACCGGGAUCCCUGAGGACGCAGCCUGAGACGCACAGCUCGCCACAACACCAGUCAGCUGAUAUCAGCAGGAGCUUUGAAAUCACAAAUCACUGAGUGUUUCCAGUCAGCCCAUACAAUACAAAGCUUUAUCAAAACACACUGCGGGAGAACACAAUCGUGUUUGCUGGAAACACAAAGUGAACAGUUAAGCAGAUAUUAUGAGUCAGAAAUACCUUGCAUUGUGACCAGUGAGUCAGUGAUCCCGCCCAAAAAUACUGCAAUUUGGUGGUGGCCAAUAAAAAGACAAAACUUUUUUAGAAAUCCAGCUUUAAUCUGGAUUAAAAAUGGUUUGAUCUUUGCUAACACUGCAGAGUUAAAGAGACUUUUAAUCAGCAAAUGUCUCUCAGACAUUUAAUUAUUGAUCAUUUCUUGAGAAUUCCAAAAGUCAGAAACCAAAAAUACCAAAUUCAGACUCAUACAAAGAAAAUGUUAUAAUUGCUUCUCCUAUGUUAAGUCUCAAAGUUAGGAAAAAUACUAUUACAGAAGCAAUUCCUAAACACAUGGCCAUGUCCUGAAAGUUGAAGCAUUAACUGUGUUGGUGGAGAAAGGUUAGAUACCCAUUAACACAUCUUCAAGAUAUUUAAAGCUAACAGGCUAAUGAUAACAUAAGCUUCUCCAAAAAGCCAACACUGAUGCUAGUUUCUACAACAGUCUGACAUUGAUGUGAGCUUCUCCAACAGGAUGCUAACUUCUCCCACAGGCUAACGCCAAACCUAUCUUCUCCAACCGGCUAACAUCAAUGUUAACAUCUCCAACCGGCUAACAUCGAUGUUAGCUUCUCCAAUGGACUAGUGUCAAACCUAUCUUCUCCAACCGGCUAACAUCCAUGUUAGCUUCUCCAACCGGCUAACAUUGAUGUUAGCUUCUCCCACAGGCUAACGUCAAACCUAUCUUCUUCAACCGGCUAACAUCAAUGUUAACUACUCCAACCGGCUAACAUCAAUGUUAGCUUCUCCAAUGGGCUAACGUCAAACCUAUCUUCUCCAACCGGCUAACAUCCAUGUUAACUUCUCCAACAGGCUAACACUGAUGUGCUGUACUUUUAGCAGUUGUUUGUUCAUAAAAAUCAUUGCACCAUAGCAUUACUAGUGUUCAAAAACUCCAUGGGGAACCUGUAAUUCAGCCAACCUGACGGUCCCCUCUUAUGCACAGAGCUUCUCUGCUCCCUUUGACUCUGCUGCUUAUUAAGUAGCAUCAGCAUUAUAACAGUUAAACUGCUAAGUAAGUCCUCAGUCUGCUUCUCAAAGACGUGCAUGUGCUUCAGUCGUCACUUGUGUGGAGCUGCAUGCAGAUAAGUGAACAAAACAAAAUGUGAUUUACGAUAUAUGAUUCAAAAUUAUUAAAUUAAAGAUGAAGAUAAGUGUCUGCUCUGAACGCUUUCUGAAUGUGUCGUUUUUGUGUCAUCUGCUGUUUUUGACUCAAAUCGGAGACAAAAACGUCUUCUCCUGGACAUCAUCACUCAGUAACCCCAAAGUGAAGUUGUGAACUAAUUACCCGAUUUAAACUCUGGCCUCUGAAUCAACUCAUCAAGGGCGGCUGUUUACUUUUUCUUUUUAAUGAAAAAAAAAUAUGUAAAUACAGACAAAAAUUGUUUGUUGUGUUUCACAAAAAUCUGUUGUGUCUGUCGGAAAACAGAAGGAAUUCUGACAAAGUAUAACUUGUUACUGAGAAAUUUAUCUUCACACUUUGCCCUUAAAUCAGAUUUUGGAAGUAUUUAAUGGACACAUUUUUCAGUAUAAACGUGCUGUAUGCUGGAUGCCUGAGAUGUUGUAGAGUUAAAUGUUGUAUUCAGCAGCCUCUGCCUGUCUUAUCUGAUAUUGCACAAGGAAAGAUGAGAUGAGGUGUGACCGAAGGUGUGAGUGUUUCUAUUCAACUGUUCAUCACAUAUUUAUCAGUAUUUCUAUGACUAAAUGGGAUCUUAUCCCACAACAUGAAUGUAUGUUUCAAUAAAUGUAUAUUUUGAUGCUGCAGCUUUGGUACACAGUUUUAUUUACAUAUUUUUACUGACUACAAAGUGCAACUACAGAAGUUUUAGCAGAAUUUAAAUAUAAACACAGUGUAUGGCAGCCUCAGGGUGAUAAAGAUCUGAAAAUUGACCGGAUGUGAAGAUGGACGACAUGAGCUCUCAGUAAAAGUAAAGUCAAAACAUGUGCAUCGCCCCCUGGCGGCUGGCUGCAGUACAGCUCCCCUCAAUGUGAGCAGACGGGACAUGGA